CCAUGCCCGCCCCGUUCCCCUGCGCCCGCCCCUACCGUAAGGCUGGGUGCCUUCUCCCCGCCUCCUCAGCCGGUCCCGGGGAGGGGAAGGGGGCGGGCAGCGCAGGGGGUGUGACAGCUCCCGUCCGGACCAGUGCCAGCUGCAGCCUCGCUUCAGCGCCCGGUGCCAGCUGGCUCUUUCGUCUGGGACGAAGGCGGAGGCUCGGGGCUCCCUGUCGCUGGGGGGGCUCCCCCCCACCACGCCCCCAGCCCUUUACUCACCCCAGAGGAGCCUCUCCACCGAAUCCUGCAUCUUGCUGCCCGGGCAGCCGGUCCAGCUAGGAACUGGCCCUGUUCACUGCACCCGGACUUACCGCCAGCACCCCUCCAGCACCACUUAUCAAAGCUGACCGGGCUCCCUGGGACCCCCCAAGCUUUUUGUUAGAGCCUGCACAGCUGGGCCAGCUUGAGAAGGAACAUGAAGGUGGGCUGGCCGGGUGAGAGCCGCUGGCAGGUGGGGCUGGCUCUGGAGGAUAGCCCAGCCCUGGGUGCAUCGCAGGUGGGAGGCCUCCCUGACGUGGUGCCGGAGGGGACACUGCUCAACAUGGUGUUUAGGAGGAUGCACCGGCCCCGAAGCUGCUCCUACCAGCUGCUGCUGGAGCACCGGCGCCCAAGCCGCAUCCAGGGGCUUCGCUGGACGCCCCUCACCAACAGCGAGGAGUCCCUGGAUUUCAGUGUGAGCCUGGAGCAGGCCUCCACAGAGCGGGUGCUCAGGGCUGGGAAGCAGCUGCAUCGGCACCUCCUGGCCACCUGCCCGAACCUCAUCCGAGACCGAAAGUAUCACCUUAGGCUCUACAGGCAGUGCUGCUCUGGCCGGGAGCUGGUGGAUGCCAUCUUGGCUCUGGGACUCGGGGUCCACUCCCGGAGCCAAGCCGUGGGAAUCUGCCAGGUGCUGCUGGAUGAAGGUGCCCUCUGUCAUGUGAAACACGACUGGACCUUCCAGGACCGAGAUGCCCAAUUCUACCGGUUCCCUGGGCCAGAGCCAGAGCCCACGGGAGCCCAUGAGAUGGAGGAGGAGUUGGUUGAGGCUAUGGCCCUGCUCUCCCAGCGGGGGCCUGAUGCCCUGCUCACUGUGGCACUUCGAAAGCCCCCAGGACAGCGCACAGAUGAGGAGCUGGACCUCAUCUUUGAGGAGCUGCUGCACGUCAAGGCUGUGGCCCACCUCUCCAACUCGGUGAAGCGGGAGUUAGCUGCAGUUCUGCUCUUUGAGCCCCACAGCAAAGCAGGGACUGUGUUGUUCAGCCAAGGGGACAAGGGCACCUCAUGGUACAUUAUCUGGAAGGGAUCUGUCAACGUGGUGACCCAUGGCAAGGGGCUGGUGACCACGCUGCACGAGGGAGAUGACUUCGGACAGCUGGCUCUGGUGAACGACGCACCCCGGGCAGCCACCAUCAUCCUGCGAGAAGACAACUGUCAUUUCUUGCGUGUGGACAAGCAGGACUUCAACCGCAUCAUCAAGGACGUGGAGGCAAAGACCAUGCGGCUGGAAGAACACGGCAAAGUGGUGCUGGUGCUGGAGAGAGCCUCUCAGGGCACUGGCACCGCGCGCCCCCCAACCCCAGGCAGGAACCGGUAUACAGUGAUGUCUGGCACACCAGAGAAGAUCCUAGAGCUUCUGCUGGAGGCCAUGAGGCCGGAUUCCAGUGCUCACGACCCCACAGAGACAUUCCUCAGCGACUUCCUCCUGACCCACAGUGUCUUCAUGCCCAGCGCCCAGCUCUGCGCUGCCCUCCUGCACCACUUCCACGCGGAGCCCGCGGGGGGCAGUGAGCAGGAGCGCAGCACCUACAUCUGCAACAAGAGACAGCAGAUCCUGCGGCUGGUCAGCCAGUGGGUGGCCCUAUAUGGCUCCAUGCUCCACACCGACCCUGUGGCCGCCAACUUUCUGCAGAAACUCUCAGACCUGGUGAGCAGGGACGUGCGGCUCAGCAACCUGCUGAGGGAGCAGUGGCCGGAGCGGCGACGGCACCACAGGUUGGAAAAUGGCUGUGGGAAUGCAUCUCCUCAGAUGAAGGCCCGGAAUGUGCCUGUUUGGCUCCCCACCCAGGACGAGCCCCUCCCCAGCAGCAAUUGUGCCAUCCGAGUUGGGGACAAAGUCUCCUACGACAUCUGCCGGCCAGACCACUCGGUGCUGACCCUGCAGCUGCCUGUGACAGCCUCAGUCAGGGAGGUGAUGGCAGCCUUGGCCCAGGAGGACGGCUGGACCAAGGGGCAGGUGCUGGUGAAAGUCAAUUCUGCAGGCGAUGCCACUGGCCUGCAGCCAGAUGCCCGCGGUGUGGCCACAUCCCUGGGCCUCAACGAGCGGCUCUUUGUUGUCAACCCACAGGAAGUGCAUAAGCUGACCCCACACCCUGAGCAGCUGGGGCCCACUGUGGGCUCGGCUGAGGGGCUGGACCUGGUGAGCGCCAAGGACCUGGCGGGCCAGCUGACGGACCACGACUGGAACCUGUUCAACAGUAUCCACCAGGUGGAGCUGAUCCACUACGUGCUGGGCCCCCAGCACCUGCGGGAUGUCACCACCGCCAACCUGGAGCGCUUCAUGCGCCGCUUCAACGAGCUGCAGUACUGGGUGGCCACAGAGCUGUGUCUCUGCCCGGUGCCCGGCCUGCGGGCCCAGCUGCUCAGGAAGUUCAUCAAGCUGGCCGCCCACCUGAAGGAGCAAAAGAAUCUCAAUUCCUUCUUUGCCGUCAUGUUUGGCCUCAGCAACUCGGCCAUCAGCCGCCUGGCCCAGACCUGGCAGCGGCUGCCGCACAAAGUCCGGAAGCUGUACUCUGCCCUCGAGAGGCUGCUGGACCCCUCGUGGAACCACCGUGUGUACCGACUGGCCCUGGCCAAGCUCUCCCCGCCCGUCAUCCCCUUCAUGCCCCUCCUUCUCAAAGGAGGGGGAGGAGCUUGGGGGCCUGUGAACAAAACCCAACUCUUUGCAGACAUGACCUUCAUCCACGAGGGAAACCACACGCUAGUGGAGAAUCUUAUCAACUUUGAGAAGAUGCGCAUGAUGGCCAGAGCCGCGCGGAUGCUGCACCACUGCCGAGGCCACAGCAGCGUGCCCGUCUCACCACUCAGAAGCCGGGUUUCCCACCUCCACGAGGACGGCCAGGUGGCGAGGAUCUCCACGUGCUCGGAGCAAUCCCUGAGCACCCGGAGUCCAGCCAGCACCUGGGCUUAUGUCCAGCAGCUGAAGGUCAUCGACAAUCAGCGGGAACUGUCCCGCCUCUCCCGGGAGCUGGAGCCGUGAGGAAGGGGCUGGGGCUGGGGCUGGAGCAGGCACUUCCCGCCGGGAAAGCCAGGGCGCGCCGGGCCAAGAGGCCGCCCCUGGGCAGGGCUCUCCGCAGAGUGGACUCGAGGCCCUGGAGUGGGCGGCGUGGAGGCAGCUGUCCCCCGUGAGGACUGGUGGCUAAGGAGGACUUCAGAGUGGACCUGAGCCGGGGCCCAAGGCUAAGGAACGGGGACAGAGAGGCCCGGGGAGUGGGUGGGAGAGCAGGGCAGGCGCUGGGAACUCUGGGUUCAAUAGAGAGCUCUCCACACCAGGAUCCUUCCAGAUUCUGAGCCUCUGGCUCUGUUGUCCAGCCAUGGCCAGGCCCUCGUGGUUUGUUUUCACCGUGGGCAGAGAGAGCGACUGCAUGUGUGUGGCAUGUGUGUGGCAAGGGCCAGGGCCUGCAGGGCUGUGGGGGGCGGGGCGUCCUGUUUUUCUUUCCAGAGCAUCUGAGAUAAACAGCUGGGCGUGGGCAGGGCUGCAGCUGGGGAGUGGUGGUCCCUGAGGAGCUUUCCUGUUACCGUCAGUUGACAAAGUAUGUGUGUUCUGAGGCCAGCCCCAGGGCGUGUGGCAGAGAGGCGAGACCCUGCUUCACUGGAGGCUGAUGGAGCAACCUCACCCCGCCCCAGCGCCUGCUGCCCGCCCCACCACCGGUGUGGUCUCUGGGACCAAGGCAGCGCUCCAGCGUGGCUGAGUGCUGCCCAGAUGUGCCUCCCGGCCCCAGCCUCAGGGUGGGCUGGAGUCGCUCAGCGUGGCCGGGGUAACCAGCAGUACAGACCAGAUGCCUCUGGCCUCGUCCACCUCCUUCCUCCUCCCUCCAAUCCCUGCUGCCCUGCCCCGAGCACGCGCUGGCCUGCUGGGUGGGGGUCAGCUGACGGGGAGGGUCGGGGUGGCCACUGAUGGAGGAGACACCGAGGCGUCCCAUCGCUUGCUGAGGCCCGACAGGCUUCCAGGAAAUCGGGAUUUAUCAUCCGUGACGAGAA